CACACAGGGGGGUGGCGGGGCCCGCGCGGAGCUCGUGUCCCGGGUUCCCCGCCCAGCAGAGAUAACCCCGUUGGGAGCGGCUGCUGCGUGGCCCCGCAGUCUUUGGGUGCUGUGUGCCUGCAGCACCCUGCUGGGAGCCCGUUCACAGUCCGGUCGCGCGAGCUGAGAAGUUUUUCCGUAGUCGUGUGCAAGCAAGGGAGUGUUGGCGGCAGCGUCUCCGCCCGCGCGCCGGCUUUGGGCAGCCGGCUUCUAAAGAUCCAAGCCCUCCCUGUGGCUGGCGUGGGGGACUUAACCACCAAUAUGUGUCCCUCGGGCGUUCCUCUGCGUGAGAGAUGAGGACACCCACCCUGGAAGAUUUGUGCCUUUGCGGGGACUGUUUCACCUGAUGUGAUAAGCUUCUAAUUCAGUGUGUGCAGAGAUUGGAAUGGGAUUAACAGGCUUUGGUGUGUUUUUCCUUUUCUUUGGAAUGAUUCUGUUUUUUGACAAAGCACUUCUGGCUAUUGGAAACGUUUUAUUUGUGGCUGGCCUGGCUUUUGUUAUUGGUUUAGAAAGAACAUUUAGAUUUUUCUUCCAGAAACACAAAAUGAAAGCCACAGGCUUUUUCCUGGGUGGCGUGCUUAUAGUUCUUAUUGGUUGGCCCUUGAUAGGCAUGGUCCUUGAAAUUUAUGGGUUCUUCCUUUUAUUCAGGGGUUUCUUUCCUGUGGUGGUUGGUUUUAUUAGAAGAGUUCCGGUUCUUGGUUAUCUCUUGAAUUUACCUGGAAUAAGUUCACUUGUAGAUAAAGCUGGAGAAAGCAACAACAUGGUAUAAUGACAAGUGCACAGAAGACUGGUUCCAAAGUUACUGUAUUAUUUAUAAAGUCCUUUUGAAGAAUAUCCAGCACAAAGUAAAUUGUGUACAAAGGAAAAGCUUGUAACAUUCUUUACAUAAGUUUGAUUUAAAAUGUAUAGUCUACAGAAUACAUUAGAAAAGAAGCUCAGCAAGUGUGCUUCUAAGAAAAUGACUCAACAUUCAGUAAGCAAACUGAAGAGGUCAAAGUCAUGGGAUAAUCCAUGUGUAACAACUGUUCAAGACAGCUUUCCCUGUUCUUGGAAAACAUGCUAACUGCAAGGAACCUUCCUGGAACGAAUGAUGCCUGUACUUUACUUCCUUAUUUUGAAGUUGCAGUAGAGCAAACAGGUCUUGAUUUCUAAAGCACUCCCCUUCUGCCAACCUAACCUUCCACCUGCCUUCCUCAAAAAAAUAAAGUCCUUCUUUAACAAGAGAUGGUUUUUGCAUGGAAUUAAGCUGGAUGGUCAUCUUUAGGUGUGUGUGAUAGCAAAGGAGACCCCCCACACAUUUCUGCUGAAAAUGUUUUUGUAAAUGUGUGGCUAAAAUAAACUUUUGUUACCUUAAUGUUUCAAAGCCAAAUGUAGUUGAUUGUAUUUGUCUCCUGUUUUGGAAUAUGCAAAUGGUCAAUCUUAAGUAAUAUUUGAUCUUGAACCUGUACAAUUGAACAAGGAAGUUUGAAAACUGAUUUACUCUCCUUUGGGUUUGUUCUCCUUUUUCAUGUUACUGUGGGCAUAUGCAGAUGAGACUGUAGCCAUUUUGUUACUAAAUAAAUCCUUGCAUGUCAAGGACAGUUGAUGCAAUGAUGUAUUUGGUGAAGGUGCUAAUAUGAACCCUGUGAAAUGCAUACAGAAUAUGGUUUUAAGUAGUAGGAAGCUUUGACUUUCUUUCUUGCCCAAGAAAUACAAAAUAAGUAUUGCAGGGGGCGGGGGGAGUUUAAUAGUAAUAAAAAACUUUAAAUAUCAUCUGCCUUUGGAAGAUUUAAUUUAAGUUACCUGGAGAACAAGUGUCAAUCUGAGUAUCUUUUUAAGUGGCUUAAUUGCUUUUUGUUUUCUACAGACAUUUCUAAAUGAUCAUGUCAAUCAUGGGAAAAUUGCAGUUACAAAUAUGUAUCUGAUCUGCAUUAUAGUAGCAUUUGGUAUAAACCUGGAAUAAAAGGUUCCCUGGUACUGCAAAAGUAGCAUGUUUCUAUUUCUGCUGGAAUGUCUAACAUCAUGCACUUCCAAAUGACUGAGACUUGGUAAUAUCUUCAUUUAACCUGAGCAAAUGAGCUAUAAAAAAACAAAUAAGAAAUGAAGAAAGGAAAAACAACUUGUAUCUGUGGAUGCUUUGAUUUUUAUUUUUUUUUUUCCUUCUGAAAAUGUAAUGCUAAAAAAUGUGUCAAGCUACAGGGACAAUUUCUCAGAAGUAGUUAGAGAUUAAACUAUAUCUAACAAUUGAUUCUCUUUGAGUUAGACUUUUUUUUUUUUUUAAACUGGGAAGAUCCAUUAUAUGUAUUUUUAAAGUAGGUGUGAAGUAUCUUUACAUGUCAGUUGGGUUUUUGGUUGCAUAUAUAUAUGCAGCACCAAUAUCUAAUUUUCUAAACUACCCCACUUUCUUUGUUUCCUUCCAAAGCUUAUACAAAAUACUCUGGGAACAAAAGAAAUACACUGGGUUUUUAGUUAUAAUAGCCCAGAUUAUCUUUUACAUUUAGUCAGCGGCACUACAGCCUUUUAAUUUUAUUAUUGAAAUAACUUGGUUGUAUUUCAUGAUAUAUUAUAAUAGUUUACAGACGGGGCUAAAUAUGAUUUGUGGCUCCUACCUCAAGAGGCAAACCAGUUAUAACUGCCCCUGAAUAUCUGUAAUGUUAAUUCAAAAAAUUGUGACACUAAAGUCUUUUAGAAAAGUAAGUUAUGCUUUAAUAGCUUUUAAUGGAAAUCAAAUACUUAAAAAAAAAAACGGACAACAAUCUUAAUUUAAAUAGAUGUUGGCAACUGUUAGGUCUUUGUUCCUGUCUUUUAAAAAAAGUAAUUGAUACUGUAAUGGAAGAAUGGAUUGUCCAUGUGACUAGUUUGUGGUUCUGACUGGGGGGUGAAUUACAUGACUGAUUUACGUUAAGUACUCCUUUCCUCCCCCCCCCCCCCCAAGAGCUUUGAACAGUCUUUUAAGAUGUGGUUAUGUCUUGCUGUGCUGUGAUUUCUUAGCCAUUUGACACAAUUGAGAGGUCUGUGCAGUUCACCUCAAUUCAAGUUUAUUUCAUUGCUUUAAAUCAAAUGUCGGCGCUGCUCAUGUGGCUGUUUGGCAGCUUCACUCAUUCCUUGUCAUCUGUCAGACUGACAUACUAAACUAAAAGGGAACAACAUUGUGUGUACCAUUUAGCAUAGUCUGUAUUCCUUGAGAUAAUGUUGUCUUACAGACAAAAAUUAGUUUUGCCAAGUUAGCGCGGGUGGCAGAAAAGGUCGAACUAAUUUGCCUUAAGUAUUUCUGUCAUUGCAAAAUAUCUCCUGUAACAGAAAGAUAUUUGAAACGUUUCCCCCUUUUUAAAUGUAAUUUGUAAUUGCUGCUUUAAAAGUCACACAAAUGGAUCUUGAGAAAAUGAAUACUGUAAAUACACUUGUCAUACCUUAAAUAAAGAGGUACUUUUUCUA